AUGCAUCUGCUGGCGCUGGGCGUCGUGGCCCUGGCCCUCCUGGGUGGGGCCGGCCGGGCGUCGGGCCCGGAUCAGGAGGUGGUGGUGCCCAUCCGGCUGGACCCGGACAUCAACGGCCGCCACUACUACCGGCGGGGCCCCGACGAGGCCGGCGGCCGGGGCCUCACCUUCCAGAUCGCCGCCUUCCAGGAGGACUUCUACCUGCACCUGGCCCCGGACGCCCGCUUCCUGGCGCCCGCCUUCUCCAGCCGCUACCUGGGCGGGCCGGGGCCCGGGACGGAGCCCGGGGCGGUGCCAGGGCCGGUGCCAGGGCCGGUGCCCGGGCACUGCUUCUACUCCGGGGACGUGAACGCCGAGCGGGACUCGUUCGCCGCCCUGAGCCUGUGCGGGGGGCUGCGGGGCGCCUUCGGCUACGGCGGGGCCCGGUACACCAUCAGCCCCCUGGGCAACGCCAGUGCGGAGGCCGGGGCCCAGCGCCCCGGGCAGGGGCUGCACCUCCUGCAGCGCCGCGCCGCCCCCGGCCGGCCCCCGGGGGGCCCGGCCCCCCGCUGCGGGGUGGCCUCCUCCUGGAACCCCUCCAUCCUGCGGGCCCUGGACCCCUACAAGCCCCCGCGGGGCCCCCGCCGGGCCAAGCGCUUCGCCUCCGUCCCGCGCUUCGUGGAGACCCUGGUGGUGGCCGACGAGUCGAUGGUCAAGUUCCACGGGGCGGACCUGGAGCACUACCUGCUGACCCUGCUGGCCACGGCCGCCAGGCUCUACCGCCACCCCAGCAUCCGCAACCCCAUCAGCGUCGUCGUCGUCAAGAUGCUGCUCCUCGGGGAGCGCGACAAGGGGCCCAAGGUCUCGGGCAACGCGGCGCUCACGCUGCGCAACUUCUGCGCCUGGCAGAAGAAGCUCAACAGAGGGAGCGACAAGCACCCCGAAUACUGGGAUACGGCCAUUCUCUUCACCAGGCAGGAUCUGUGCGGCGCCACCACCUGCGACACCUUGGGCAUGGCUGAUGUGGGCACCAUGUGCGACCCUAAGAGGAGCUGCUCGGUAAUUGAGGACGACGGGCUGCCGUCUGCCUUCACCACUGCUCAUGAGCUGGGCCACGUGUUCAACAUGCCCCACGACAACGUGAAGGUGUGUGAGGAAGUGUUCGGGAAGCUGCGGGCCAAUCACAUGAUGUCCCCCACCCUCAUCCAGAUCGAUCGUGCCAACCCUUGGUCAGCCUGCAGCGCUGCCAUCAUCACAGACUUCCUGGACAGUGGGCACGGCGACUGCCUCCUGGACCAGCCCGGCAAGCCCAUCUCGCUGCCCGAGGCCGACCUGCCCGGCAGCAGCUACAGCCUGAGCCAGCAGUGUGAGCUGGCCUUCGGCCUGGGCUCCAAGCCCUGCCCCUACAUGCAGUACUGCACCAAGCUCUGGUGUACGGGCAAGGCCAAGGGUCAGAUCGUGUGCCAGACGCGCCACUUUCCCUGGGCGGACGGCACUGGCUGCGGCGAGGGCAGGUUCUGCCUGAAGGGAGCCUGUGUGGAGAGGCAUAGCAUCAGUAAGUACAGGGUGGAUGGCUCCUGGGGGAAGUGGGAGCCGUAUGGGCCGUGCUCCCGGACCUGCGGCGGGGGCGUGCAGCUGGCCAAGAGGGAGUGCGACCACCCGGCCCCCGCCAAUGGGGGCAAAUACUGCGAGGGCAUCCGGGUCAAGUAUCGUUCCUGCAGCCUGGAUCCCUGUCCCAAUGCAGUGCUGGGCAAGAGCUUCCGCGAGGAGCAGUGUGAGGCUUUCAACGGCUACAACCACAGCACCAACCGGCUGACGCUCGCCGUGGCCUGGGUGCCCAAGUACUCCGGCGUCUCGCCCCGGGACAAGUGCAAGCUCAUCUGCCGUGCCAAUGGCACUGGCUACUUCUACGUGUUGGCACCCAAGGUGGUGGAUGGUACCCCCUGCUCUCCCGACUCCACCUCCAUCUGCGUCCAGGGCAAGUGCAUCAAGGCAGGCUGUGACGGGAAGCUGGGCUCCAAGAAGAAGUUUGAUAAGUGUGGCGUGUGUGGAGGAGACAACAAGACCUGCAAGCGGGUCACAGGCCUCUUUACCAAGCCUAUGCACGGCUAUAACUUUGUGGUGGCCAUCCCAGCCGGGGCCUCCAGCAUCGACAUCCGGCAGCGCGGCUACCGAGGGCUGAUCGGCGACGACAACUACCUGGCCCUGCGUAACGGGCAGGGCCAGUACCUGCUCAACGGCCACUUCGUGGUGUCGGCCGUGGAGCGGGACCUUCCGGUCAAGGGCAGUCUGGUACGCUACAGCGGGACGGGCACGGCCGUGGAGAGCCUGCAGGCCUUCCAGCCCAUCCAGGAGCCCCUGACGGUGGAGGUGCUGUCGGUGGGCAACAUGACGCCCCCGCGGCUCCGCUAUUCCUUCUACCUGCCCAAGGAGAGCCGCGAGACCAAGCCCGCCCGGCGCCCGGAUGUCCACGGCCCCCCAGCCCCGGGCCUCUCCAACCGCGUGGAGCAGCCGGACUUCGGGGGGCGGCCCCCGGCCCGCUGGGUGGCGGGCGGCUGGGGCCCCUGCUCGGUCAGCUGCGGGCACGGGCAGCAGAAGCGACCCGUGAGCUGCCACCCCGCCUCGGGGCUCCCCGGCCCAGCCGCCUGCCCUCUGGAGCAGCGCCCGGCUGAGGUGCGGCCCUGUGGGGAGCCUUGCCCCUCCUGGGAGGUGGGCGUCUGGUCUCCCUGCUCCAAGACCUGCGGCCGUGGCUUCAAGCGGCGGCCGUUGCACUGCCUGGGUCAGGGGGCCCGUCUGCUGCCCCGGGACCGCUGUAACCCGAGGCAGAAGCCUCAGGAGUUGGACUUCUGCACCCAGAGGCUGUGCUGAAGGGGCUCCUCCCUCCGCCCCGGGGACGCCCCUGUCCGCUCUCCCACCGGCCGGCAGCCGAAGGGAUAGGCCACGGCUUGGCUGAGGGCCAGCAGGGACUAAGGACUUUGGAACAGGAGUCAGAGCCUCUUCGCCCCGGGUCUUCCUUCAGGGCAGGGGCCCAGCACACUCCGCGUCUACCUCGCACUGCUGCCCCCUCACUCGGUCUGGGCCCGGGCGGUGCCGAGCAGGGGCCUAGGGGAGCAGGAGACCUGGCCACCUCUCUUGGCCAUCUAUCCUCGCCCUCAUGGACCCUGGCAAGAGGGGCCUCCCUCUACGGUGGGCUCUGGGCUUGGAAGGGGCAGACCUG